AUGGGAGGUUUGUUUUCGAGUUGUCGGAAACCUACCGAACGGAAAAAUGUCCGAAAUAUUCAAGUUCUUCCAGUCGGAAACGCUGAUGGUCAUACACAGAAAACUGAUUAUGGAGUCUUCUGUGUAUCCAACACAAAUUCUGCGAAGAACUCGACUACUGGUGAAACUUCUGAUACACCAACAAAAUCAUCACCACCAACAGUAGAUACGAAUUUGGAAGAAAAAGAAGACAGUUUUUCGGAAGGAAAGAAAGAAUGUCCACCUCAGAAAGGAGAAGCGCCAGAAUCUCUUGGAGUGAAGAAAUUAUUGAGUGAAGAAAAUGUGAAGACCAUACUGGUACAAGAAGGUCUGGUAACCAAUCUCAAAGGUCUUUCAUCUAAAGGACUGGCCUUUGAGAUUGUGGAAAAAUCAAGGGAGGAUGUAGUACCUCCAGCAAGAUUAGAGGAAAUAAUAAAAAGUAGAGAAAAGCGAGCAGAACCAACUGUGGAGGAGAUAAAGCAAAAACUCUUUGAAGCAGAACGGCGCCGCAAACAAUUGGAAGAGGAACGAAUAAUUCGAGUUCGAGCUAUGAAAAAAACAGAAACUGCUGGUGCUAUCAAGGCCUAUGAACAAAAGCAAAAGGCCUUGGAAGACCAGCAGACUCAAAAAAUGGAUGUCGCCGUGGCUGCUCGCCAGAAUCAUCUCCGUGAAAUCAGAGACAAAUUAAAGGAGAAAAGAAGACAUGCCAAUCUAGUUCGUCAGCGAAAAAAUCUAAACCUGGAUGAUAUGGAUCCACCACCACCAGAAGAGCCACGUUUUAGAUUUCAUCAUAACUGA